UUCAAAACUGACACAAGUGGAUAUGUAUUUGUGUCGGUCUCCAUGACAGUGAUAUCGACAGUUUCUACCACGCACAGACGCAUAUUCGACAUGGCAGUCAUGUUGAAGAUAUUGGCACUGGCGCUGCUUCCAUCUUUACUGGUACCCUUUGUGAGUUCCUCUAACGUGCUUCUCCUGCCGCUACUAGCGACCAGUCACUGUCUGGAGGCCGCUGCAGUUGGGUCAGAGCUGGCCAACAGAGGACACAACGUCACCUUGCUUGUUGUGUCAUUCUUUGACGCUACCAAAUGUCUCGGUGAUGCCAAGAUCAACCUUCUGGUGUCCCACGCAAGCCAGGAGUUGGACGAAUUGAAUAACAAGAUGGACAAGUUUUUGGCGCAUGCGUUCAAAGAAGAGACUCAGACUUUGAAAGCUUUAAAGUCUGUAUCUGACACGACGGAGAUAUUAGGAAAACUUUGUGAGCACUACAUUACAGACCAGUCUUUGGUGCACAAGCUGUCGGAAGCUCGGUUUGACUUGGCGAUUGUCGACGGAUUUCCUUUCGCACGGUGUCUGUUUGCAUUGCCAUACUCUUUAGGCAUUCCCACAGUCUCCGUUUCGUCGAUACAAGACGAUGUUCGUUGUGGCCAACCAUUCCAGGGCAACACUGUUCCACAUGUGCUGAGUGCCUUUUCCAAUGAAAUGACUAUGCCAGAAAGGCUAGCAAACUUAGUGAUCACGUUAUCGUUACCGUUAAUAGAUUGGUUUGUUCUUCCCAGAUUUGACCUCGGAAAGUUUGGAGUGAGUUUAGAAACCAGCAACAUUCAAAAGAUAUUUAAGAGAUCUCUUUUGCAUCUGGAAAAUUCCGAUCACAUUGUAGAUUUCCCAAAGGCCACAUUUCCCAACUUUGUUCAAGUUGGUGGACUGACAACCCUUCCAGCUAAACCUUUGACACCCGAGCUAGAAAGAUAUUUCGACAACGCUGAACAUGGCGUAAUACUGGUGGCAUUUGGUGAUACUGUGAAAGGAGCUCCCAAAGCGUUUAUCGAAAAACUAACUUCAGCUUUUAGGAGACUAAAACAGAACGUUAUUUUCAAGCUGGACCAUGAUGAGGACAUGGGGAAUGUCAAAAUAUUAAAAUGGGUGCCCCAGCGUGACGUUCUGGGACACCGAAAGCUGAAGCUUAUUGUAUCCCACUGUGGGAAAAACACUUUCUACGAAGCAUUGUAUAAUGGGGUCCCCAUACUAUGCACUCCGCUUCAUGGCGACAAUUUUGCAAUCGCGAAGAGAGUCUCGCAUUUUCGUGUUGGAACUUCUCUGAACAUCAUCAGCGCCACAGAAGACGAAAUUAUCGAAUCUGUCAACAAUGUCUUAAACGAUCCGUCGUAUGCUGCCAACAUGAAAAGGGCUUCAGCCUUAUUCAAGGACCGACCAGAGACUCCAAGACAGCGUGCAGCCAGUGCCGUGGAACAUGUUCUGAAGUACGGAGGGGAUCAUUUGAGGCCAGGGGGUGCAGAUAUCAAUAUAUUCCAGUACACGUAUGGUGACGUAUGGCUGGUUAUUUCCGGUGUGAUCGUCAUCACUGUAUAUUUGUUAGUGAAGGUUAUCCGGUUCAUUUGCUGUAGAAACCGAAAAACAUCUUCAAAGAAAAAGAAACGUCAGUAGUUAUUGUUACAAUGUUAGUGGCUGUUUUACCUUCAUUUCUAUCUUCUAAAUGACUACUACUAAUCAGAACGAUGAAGACGAAGACAAAAAAGGAUAUGUUGAUGUUGUUGUUGAUGAUGGUGAUGAUGACGAUGCCGACGAUCAUAAUAAUAACUUAAUAAACAUUUUUUUUAAUUUGGACUACAAGGUCAAUUAUUGACAAUGUUAUAUGUAUUUGCUCAGAAAGGAAUCCACUUACACUGACUUUGGGUCUUUAUUAAUUUGGAGUUCUACUUUUUCUUUCUUUAAAAAUGAAUACUUAUAUGUACAUAUUAUAUUUAUAUUUUUGUA